UUAUGGAAAGCUUCUGGAUGGAAUGGAUUUCCGCAUCAGCACCACAUCUUCAGUGUGGGACCCCACGGAAAGGACCUCCAGAAAGUGAUGACAGGCCAGCAGAAGCUUGUGUCACUGUGGCUGUUGUCGCUGCUCAUAGUAGCGCUGUGUCCGGGUGCGCAGUACACACACAGUAAGCGUGCGCAAAAAGGCGGGAAGAGCAACAAGACGCCUGCCUCUAAGGGUCCCGGCCUCCCCAAGCAGGGCCUCAAGUGGGCAGGGGCGGCCGGCAUGCUGGGCGGCACGGGCACAGGAUACGGGCUAGGCUUUCUCGGCAGGGCCAAGCACGGCUCCAGGGGGCACGCCGGACAUAAGACGGCGUCCACGGAGAACCACGGCCAAACGUUUUACAACCAGUCGAGGUGGAGAGCUUUUCUGAAAGCGGCGGCGCCUGCUCACAUGAGUAACCUCUUCUUCACCAUGCGGCACGCGCUCACCUUCCUCACUGGGAUCUGUAUGUGCAAACUCUGACCUUCAUGUCUGUAGUGGAAAU